CCUAAAAUUCCCUGGGCUAUCGAGCUGGCUCAGGACAACGUGGCCCACGAUGUCAAGCGCUUUGUGACGCCAUUGUCCUACCGUGAGAAUGACGAAGUCUUGACCUGUUCGAAAUCAGCGGCAAGAAUGGCAAGGAGCCAAGUUUGCCCCCAGGUGGCCCAGGUUUACUCAGAUGCGCCAUCGCCUGUCAUCGCUGAGAUCACUCCACUUGAGCUCUGCCGCCAAAGCGAUGCUCAAAGACGAGCCAGCAUCAUCCCAAGUGUUUUUCGUGAAGUCCUCCAGGUCUCCAAGCGAUACCAAGAAAAGGUGCAAAGCCCAAAGUGGCCAAGCCGUGGCAAAGGCGAGAAACGAGGUCGACAAAUCGGUGGCGUCCACUCCCACGGACUCUCCAGCCAAAGCCGGGAGACCGAGCGCCAAAGGUGUACCACCCACCGGUCGGAAGAUGAGAGCAACGGUGGUGCCGCCCGGGUGACGGUGCCGGACCUGGCAGCCACUGUGACAAGUCCCAGGGGUGCCUUCACAGUGGCUGUGCCCAUCGGAUCGGCCAGGAGUUCUUCGCCCACAUUACAAUGUCCCCAGAGAGCAGCUACUGAUUGGUCAGUCACAGUUCCUGUGGCAUCAUUGACGACACCUCCUACAGCCACUGUGGUGACCGACAAAGCUUCUUCGGUACUACAGCGCGGUGUGUCUCAUUUGCCACGACGUACGUUUACGCAGUCUUGUUCGGUGCCAUCUCUCCUCUCACCGUCUCCUGAGCCCGUGCCAUCCCUGGCGCAGAUCGUCAUUCAGCAGUUGAACACGCCCUCACGGCAGGCUCGCAACUCCAUCGCGUGCCCUCUCACUGCCCGGCUGCCCACGCGUCCUGCCAAUGUGCAGACCGCCCCACGUCCGGCCGUCAGCACCCCGAGCACGCCGCGACCAGCGAAUCUCGCUGACUUCAAGCCGUUGCUCACAGAACUUUUUGAUGAUAAGAUCGACAAGGAAGCGGAACAGUCAGCACAGCAGUUGCAACACAAGAUCGACCAGCUGCAGAAACUGCAGCAGAUCUUGCAGAUGCAGCAAGAAGGAUUGAAACAACAGCAGAAGGCGCAGUCGUAUCAACCAAAGGCCAGCAAGAUUACACGAAUGGAGCCACCGGCUCGUGGGUAUAGCGCCGCAUCCCCGCGAGGGCCGGAGGUUCCUUUUUCGACCUCUCCAAGGGCUCGUUCUAGUCAGGCUGGCAGACGACGAUUUAUGGUGUGA